AUGGCAGCCCGGCUGCCCGCCCUGCGCCUGCUGCUCUUGCUGGGGAUGUGGGCCAUCGCCGGCCACGGAGGAGCCCCUCUGAGACCUGGAGAGCCCAGCCUGCAGCUCACCGGCGGCGGCUGCUGCUGCGCCGGGAUGCUGGAGGUGAACUGGAAGGGCAGGUGGAGCCGCGUGUGCCAGGACAGCGUGAGCAAGGCCGGGGCGGACGGCAUCUGCCAGCGGCUGGGUUGCGGCCCCCCCAUUGCCGAGCCCCUCCAGCUCGACUUCACCGGUGGGAAGGAGCCACGCACGGGGCUGCUGCGGUGCCUGGUGCCGGUGGCCGACCUGGCGCAGUGCCGCUGGGUGCUGGCAAACUGCACGAAACACGCCGCCGUCGCCUGCAGCGAGCCGGUGAAAACCACCCCCGAGCCCCCGCCGGCACCCCCAGCCACCACCCCGGAGCCCGCCGGACCCGACAGGCUGCGGCUGGUGGACGGGGACUUUGGCUGCUCGGGCUUCGUGGAGCUGCACAGACAGGGGUUGUGGGGGGCCGUGGCGGGCAGCCCGGGCAUCUCGCCGGAGCUGGCCACCCGCGUCUGCCAGGCUCUCAGCUGCGGCACCGUCAUCGACGGCCAUGGCCACGCCGAGCCGGAGCUGGGAAGCCACUUGCCGGUGCGGUGGGAUGUGGUGGAGCCCUGCGAGAGCCGUCUGCUCUUCGACUGCUUCAACAGGACCAGCGCCCGGCGGGGGAAAGCACCCGCCUUCAUCAUCUGCUCCGGCUCGCAGCCCCAGGCCCUGCGGAGGUUGGCGGCCGGCCCCACGCCUUGCGAAGGGGACAUCGAGGUCUUUCACGGGGGGCGGUGGCAGGUGCUGUGUGACAGCUGGGCGCAUCGGGCCAAGUGGAGCAGGCAGCUGUGCCAGGAGCUGCGGUGUGGGAACCUCUCCUCCAGCGCCGAGGUCCGGGACCCUCCCUCGAUGGGUGUCAUCUGUAGGGUCCCCACCCUGCACCUCUGCCCCGCCAACCUCGGGACCCCCCAGACCUGCUCCCGCACCAGAGUCACGUGCCAGGACUCCAAGCCGCAUCCCACCGGCACGGCGGCAGGCACCAUCGUGAGCAUCUGCCUGGCCCUGCUCCUCUUCGGCAUCCUCCUGCUCAUCUGCGGCCCCCCUGCCUACAGGAGGCUGAUGAAGAGAAUCUCCAAAAAGAAGCAGCGCCAAUGGAUCGGCCCCACGGGACUCAACCAGACGGUCUCCUUCCACCGCAAUAGCACCGUCACCCUGAGGCCGCGGGCGGAGGGGCAGCGGGUGCAGGGGGGGGACAACGACUACGCUCAGCCCCCCCAGAAGAGCUCCUACCUCUCGGCUUACCCAGCCUUGGAAGGCGCGUGCAGAACUUCCAACCCUCCGGACAACUCCUCCGACAGCGACUACGACCUGCGCUCUGCCCGUAGAGUGUGA